CUCCCCUCUGCGCCCGCCACGCUGAGACCGGACCCAACUCAUCACUGCAGUGGCGGCGCUCGCCGGCUCCUUUAAGCGGCCGUGCCCCAUUGUUUGCGCCGCGGCCAAUGGGCGCUCGGCGGCCGCGGCGCGCGCGGCCAAUGGGGCGCGGCGCGGGGCAGCGCGCGCGCCGCCCCCCGGCUCUAUAAGAGGGCCGGCGGCGCCGCGUGAGUUCCCACUGGCUCGCGCAAAGCCAUCUUGGCAUUGUUCUGCCCGCCCGCCCGCGCCGCCGCAGCCCCGCGCGACACAGCCCCGCACGCCCCCGCCAUGUCCGACGCGGCCGUGGACACCAGCGCUGAGAUCUCCGCCAAGGAUCUAAAAGAGAAGAAGGAAGUUGUUGAAGAAACAGAAAAUGGCAGAGAUGCACCAGCCAAUGGCAAUGCUGAGAAUGAGGAAAACGGAGAGCAGGAGGCUGACAACGAAGUAGAUGAAGAGGAGGAGGAAGGUGGUGAAGAAGAGGACGAGGAGGAAGAGGGUGAUGGUGAGGAAGAGGAUGGUGAUGACGACGAUGAAGCUGAGGGAGCCACAGGCAAACGGGCAGCUGAGGAUGAUGAGGAUGACGACGUCGAUCCCAAGAAGCAGAAAACUGAUGAAGAUGACUAGGCAGCAAAUUAUUAUUUUUUUUUUUUUAAAUAAGGAGGAAAACAAACCAACAAAAAAGGCCAGCGUGUCCUCUUCACCCUCGGGUCUCCCCUUGGGACUCCCGUUGCAGCCCCCUUUCCCACACACACACACACCCUUCCUCCCCCCUCCGCCGUGGUCAUCCUCACCAAGUAGAGUGAACCCUGUCCCCACCCCCCGGUGCGGCGCUGCCACUCAACGAACAUGGAAAUGAUUCGCCUGUUAGCGGGGAGAAAAAAACCCCCCUUCCCCCACAGACCCCCUCCCCCCCAAGCACCAAAACUUCAAGGCCCUGCUUUCUUUCUUAAAAGUACUUUAAAGGAGAAUUUGUUUGUAUUUUUUAUUUACAUUUUAUAUUUUUGUACAUAUUGUUAGGAGGUCCGCCAUUUUUAAGUGAUCUCGGAUUGACCAAAAGGGGGGCUUUGAAGUGUAUAUCUCUCUUGUUACCUAUCUCUGACUUUACUUGUGGUGUGACCAGGCCCAAACCAUUAUCUCAAAAGGAGAAUAAAACAAAACCUUGUAAAAAAAAUUAAAAAAAGACAAAAAUGCAAAAAAAAUUACAAUCUUAUUCUGAGCAUUCCAGUAACUUUUUUUGUGUAUGUACUUUAGCUGUACCAUAGAUUGUGGUUUGUAUGAGGUGGCAAGGCCAAAGAUAAAAAGGUUUUCUUUUUUUUUUUUCUGUC